UCUGGUCUUCUCAAUGGGGCUGAUAGCUCUCGCGUAGGCAGGGCACUCAGUAGUAUAUAAAAUCUUAUGAUUCUGCUCAAACUUUCGCAGUUUAUCCGAUUAAAGCAACUGAGACAAACGGGGAUUUUUUUUUCGUAUUUCGUUCGUCUGCUUUUUCGUUUCACCCGUUCAACGAUGUGCCUGCUACUUUUGCUUGCUCUAUGCGUGGGCAUGAUCGGCGCUCGACCUUUGACCUCAACGGAACAACCAUCACAAGGACGCCAUCCCGAUUGGCCCGGAGUACCCGAUGAACGCUUGGCCGAUGCUGAAGUGGAUAACGCCUACGAGUUGUUCAAGUGGCAAACCGAACCAUCGACAAGUGUGAAAAAUUCUAAAGUCGAUAUGGGGUCAAUAAAUCGUGCAAUGACUAAUGAACUACAAGCCAAGCUCAAUAAUGCCUAACGCUUAUUUUGUGUUGCUUACGUACUUUAGUAUUAAAUAAGUUGUUUAGAGAAAAAAAUAAAUACAAAAAAUUGGAAAAUAAAACAACAACUAU